GAGGAGGAAGAAGAAGAAGCGGAACAUAUCGGACGAAGAAGAAGAAGCAGCAGCUCCCAAACUGGGACAUACGCUUCCAUUAGUGUCUAAUUUGUCAUGCUGUCACAUACCCAUAAUAUUUUUCUCCUUUGUCUGCAGUAUUCUUAACUUACGGAAUGUAUAGAAGAAUAUUUAAUAGAAACAAAAUAGCUCAUUUAAGAUAGUCGAGUACGCACUGAUGGUGUUUAGCUAACACAAGCUAACGAAGCUAUGCUACAUGGACAUUCAGGUUAGCUCACGACAGCUAUCUCCGGUGUGUGUCCUGACUAAACCAGGAAAGGGGUGAAGAGAAGCUCCCUGCAAGUUACAGGUAUUGCAGGUCAUGUGCCCAUGGACAAUACGGCCUUUGAGGGGUGGCUGGAGUCGGUCUCUGCCACUUUCCUUUCUCUUAAUGACCAGCAGCGCAACGUGUCCCUGGACCACCUUAUAUCUUUAAGUGGUGCUGCCCAGCUCCGUCACCUGUCCAAUGGACUAGAGACGCUGUUAAAACGUGACUUCCUGCGACUGCUCCCUCUGGAGUUGACCUUCUACCUGCUACAGUGGUUGGAUCCUCAGACCCUGCUCACCUGCUGCCUGGUCUGUAAACAAUGGAAUAAGGUGAUAAACUCAUGUACGGAGGUGUGGCAGAGUGUGUGUCAACAGCUGGGCUGGAGGAUUGAUGAAUCCAUUCAGGAUGCAUCCCACUGGAAGGGGGUUUAUUUAAAGGCUAAACUGCGCAUGAUGCAGCUGAAGGAUCAGGAGGCCUUUGUGACAUCCUCGCUUAUUGGCCACAGCGCUCGAGUAUACGCUCUCUAUUAUAAGGAUGGCCUCCUCUGCACAGGCUCUGAUGACCUUUCUGCCAAACUAUGGGAUGUGCGCACUGGACAGUGCAUUUAUGGAAUUCAGACGCACACCUGUGCCACUGUAAAAUUUGAUGAACAGAAGCUUGUGACUGGAUCUUUUGACAACACUAUUGCAUGCUGGGAGUGGAGCACUGGGGCUAAAAUCCAGCAGUUCCGUGGCCACACAGGAGCAGUUUUCAGUGUGGACUACAACGAUGAGCUGGAUGUUCUCGUCAGUGGCUCUGCAGACUUCUUAGUAAAGGUCUGGUCUUUGUCUGCUGGUGCUUGUCUCAACACUCUAACAGGACACACUGAGUGGGUCACCAAGGUGAUACUACAGAAAAGUGAAGUAGAAUCAAUGGUCCACAGUCCCGGUGAUUAUAUUCUCCUAAGUGCUGACAAGUAUGAAAUUAAGGUUUGGCCUUUAGGCAGAGAAAUCAACUGCAAGUGUUUGAAAACACUGUCAGUGUCCGAGGACCGCAGCAUCACCCUUCAGCCUCGCCUGCAGUUUGAUGGACGCUACAUCGUCUGCAGUUCAGACCUCGGUGUUUAUCAGUGGGACUUUGCCAGUUUUGAAAUUCUCAGAGUAAUAAAAAUGCAAGACCCAGCCAACCUGUCCCUGCUAAGCUUCGGUGAGGUGUUUGCUCUCCUUUUUGAUAACCAUUUUCUGUAUGUGAUGGACCUAAGGACAGAGGCCAUUUCAGGCCGUUGGCCUCUACCAGCCUACAGGAAAUCUAAACGAGGAUCCAGCUUCCUGGCAGGCGUGACCUCCUGGCUUAAUGGCCUGGAUGGGUGCAAUGACUCUGGACUGGUGUUUGCCACCAGCAUGCCUGACCAUAGUAUUCACUUAGUUCUUUGGAAGGAGAAUGGGUAGUGGAAAACCAGGUCUUCAAAUCCUAGAGAGCUGGCAUAUAUGAAGAUUUUCUCUAGGGUAACUGCCAAGAAAGAUCAUUCAUGGGCAAAAGUAUUUUUGUUUAACCUCGUUAUUCCCUCAACAUUCAAGUCCUCCUCUGAACUUCAUCAUGAACAGAUGGAAAUUAAAAUCCAAUUAAGAACUUUUAUGAACUGAUUCCUGAUGUGCUAACUCAAAGCUGGAUAAGUGCUUGACCAGAAAUACUUCCAAGAAGCCAAAUGAUCAGUGACCAAGGAUGAUGGUGGAGAUUGUCUGAGUUACCAAAAUAACAGCCAUCUUUUGUAAUGGAUGUUUAUGUGUAAAAAAAACAAAGAACAAAAACAAAUACAAAUAUGCAUGUUGCAGUUUUGCUCUUUGAUAGUUCAGGACUGUACAAGCAAGAGUCUUUGUAGCUAACUUAAUCUGUAGUGUAGUACUUAGGUGCCAUCUCUGUUUAACAUUUUCCUACAAAAACAUGAUGCCACGCCAGAGACUGAGCUGACUCUAGAAAAUAUCUGAGUAAAAGCAGGGUUGCCUUAAACUGUUUCUGUAAAGACAGAAGGAUAUCUUUUGUUUCUGAAAAUGUGCUGCAAGAUU